AGAUUUAUUUUUAUUUUCAAAAAAGUAACUUCUUUUUCUCCACACUCUAUAAAUUUUUUUAAAAAUGUUCGGUAUGCGCAAGUGGAAUACUCCUGUCCUUCGUCCUACUGCCCCUUUCAUCAUUGGUGGUAUUGCCGUCUUCUACUUGGUUGCCAAGGCUCAAGAUGCCAUGAUCAACAGUGAGGAAUACAAGAACGAUCCCAGAAACCCUGCUAUCGCUUCCGGAAAGAAGGCUCAUUAAAUUCUCUUCACCCCGAUAAAAACAAAACAACACUCGAAAUAACUAAAACGUCAUUCGCUUUUUUAUUACCCGUUGUAAAAUUAAUAAAACAAUCCAAUAUUAGUUACAGUUUGGCACAAAA